AUGGCCGGCGCGGAAAGCCGGCCGCCGCCCAGGCGGGUGCAUCUGCAGCAGCAGCCGCUGGUGGUUACCACCACCGUCAUCCAGGCCGCCGCCGUGCUGAUCAUGUACAUGAUGGUGGCGCGGCACCUCUCCAGCAUCGAGCAGAUCGUUGUGGCGCUCACAGAGAGCAUAACGGAGCAGGCGGGCAACGAGGCGCAUGACAUGCGCGUGCUGGUGGGCGCACUGGAGAACCACACUCUCUCCGUCGCCACCGCCCUCACCGACCACGUUGCCCUGCAGACCGGUCAGCUGCGCCAGCUGGCAUCGGAGAUCCGCAAUCACAGCGCCACGGUGCAGACGCACGUGGCAACAGCCGUGGACGCCAUGGGAGGAGGGGCGGAGGGCGGGGGCGAUGUGACUAAGGAGAAGCUGGCGGUGCUCAUCUCCGCGUCCGCUCGCUCCCAGCGCAAGACAGAGGCGUUUCUCUCCAGUCUGCUCAGCUCCGUCAAGGCGCUCUCCAAGCAGAUGGAGGAGCAGGGAGGGGCAGGAGGGGCAGCUGGCGGCGCAGCGGGCUUGAUGGGGGUGAGAGAGGCGGCCGCGGCUUCCAGGAAGCAGCUGCUGGCCCUCAAGACGCUGCAGGAGUCAAUGGAGGACCUCAAGUCAAGGCAGUCAACGACAGACUACUCCCCUCAGCUCAUCCGCAUUCUCGGGGUGCUCAAGGCGCUGGUGGCGCACAUCAAGGCGGCCACGGCCAAUGGGGGGUUGGGCCUGGGACUGGGCGAGCAGCUGCCGCAGCUGCCGUCUCUUGACAUGGAUCUGCAGCCGCAGGCACAGGUGUCAGCGCAGCAGGCGCAGCAGAUGGAGCGGCUGCUGCAGCAGGUGCUGGCGGAGGUGCGCAACGGAACGCACCUCACGCUGCUGCUGCGCGCCGUCUCCACGCAGACCACCAUCCUCUCGCGCCUCGCCAAGCGCUUCUCCUCGCUCCAAUCAGCCGCCUUCUCAGCCACCACUGCCGCCACACCCCCGCCUGCUGGCCCUGACUCUGCUGGUGGCGGUGGCGGGGCGGCGUUCAAGUCCCUGCAGGGGCUGGUGGCGAUGGUGCUGCAGAACUCCCAGAAGCACAUGUCGGCGCUGCGGGAUGUGAAGCGCAUGCUGACGGGGGAGGAGGCGGACGGCAAGGGGGGGUACUCGGUGCCGGUGAGGACGCUGGCCGUGGUGCAGGAGAGCGCCCGCGCGCUGCAGCAGAUGCCCGCGCUGCUCAUGCAGCUGGACCGCCGGCUGCAGGGCGUGGGUGGCGGGGCGGGUGGAGGUGUGGCUGGGGGAGGAGGGGGAGGAGGAGGAGCGAGGGCGGAAGGGGUCGUGGUAGGGGGAGGGGGAGCAGGCACAGGCAUGCGGCAGCAGCAGCAGGGGCAGGUGGUAUCGGCGAUGGAACCCCCGAAGCUGAGUGGCAGGGCAGCACGGCACGAGCGGCUGAAGCAGCUGAUGGCGAAGGAGGCUGCCGCCCGCGCCGCCAAGCAGAAGGAGGAAGAGGCUGCAGCAGCAGGGAAGGCGGCGGCGGCGGCGGCGGCGGCGGCAGGGGACACGCAAGGAGAGGGAGCAGGCGGGCAGAAGGAGGAGGGGGGCCAAGAGCAGCGCACGGUGGAAGGGGCAGGGCAGCAGCAGCAGGAGCAGCAGCAGGGAGGAGUGGCGGCAGGUAUGGGCGCGGCAGGAGGGGCAGGCGCUGGGGGGGGUGGCGGAGAUGACAGGGGUGGGGGCGAGCAGGGGCGAGUGGUGACUCAGCAAGGAGAGGGAGGACGUGAGGGGAGGGGAGGCGGAGGGAUGGGAGGAGAGAAGACUGGAAGGAGAGCAGAGGAGAAUACUGGUGGGCGCGAGGGGGAGACGAGGGCAGGUAGCGAUGGUGCUGUUCUGCCGCUACCGCUGAUGGUUUGGAGAGAGGGCAGGGCGGGGGAGAGGGGCGAGCGGGAGGUGGGGAUGCUGGAGGGGCGGAGCAAGAGGGAGGAGAGGCGAGGCGGGUCAGCGGAGGAGAGGGGGGUGAUGGGGAAGGUGGCGUGGAUGGCGAGGGGGGGAGAGCUCAGGGGGCGGCUGGGGAAGGAGAUGGAGGAGGGGAGGGGGGAGGGGCUGGAGCAGGUGGAGGGGGGGGGAAAGCAGCGUCUGGAGGUGAGGAAGGAGAGGGUGGAGGGGAAUCAGAGGGGGGAGGGGAAGGAGGGGGAGCAGGGGGAGAAGGGGGCGCAGGGGGGGGGAGGGGGCGCAGGGGGAGUGGUGCCGAUAGAGUGGGCGAAGCCGGAGGAGAUGGACAGCGAGAGGGCUGACCUGGUGUCGAUGCUCAAGGCGCGCAGGGACGAGGCGGGCGAGCGCGGCAGCGAGGACAGCGGCGUUAAGAGUGGUGGUGGCGGUGAGGCGGUGAAGCACCGGCGGAAGAGGAAGAAGCACAAGGGUGGGGAGGGGCGUGGUGCGGUGGGAGGCGGUGGGAAGGGAGAGGGGGAGAUGAGUGAGGAGGAGAGGGCGAUGGCUGAGGCGAGGAUGGCUGUGAGUAGAGAGAGAGGCGAGGAUGAGGAGGAGGAAGAGGAGGAGGAGGGGGAGGGGGAAGGGGAGGAGGGAGAGGAGGAGGGGGAAGAGGGAGAGGAGGAGGGAGGGGAGGACGAGGAGAAGGGUGGGGGGAAGGGAAAAGGUGAGGGUGGGGUGAAGAGUGGGGUUGGACGCAAGAGGAGGGUGGCUGGAGGUGAACGUGGGGAGGCGGGGAGUGGAGAGCUGAAGGAGAGGGGGGGGAGGAGAGGAGGGGAGGGAGAGAGCGAGAGGAGGCUGGGAGAGGAGGGGAGGGGGGCACAGGGGGGAGGGGCACGAGGAGGAGGGGGAAAUGGCGGAGGAGGGGUAGGGGAAGGAGGAGGAGGGGAAGGCUCAGUGGCAAGGCAGGGCAGGAGGAAGCGCAUUCCGAUGGAGCAGGCGGAGGAGCAGCAGAGCAUGGGGGCGGGGGCACGCACGGGGCUGCGGCUGAAGAGCAUGGGGAUCGAGGAGCUGCUGAGCCUGGAGGACGAGGAGGACGACGAGGAGGAGGGCGCAGGGGGAGGAGGGGGAGGGGGCGGAGGGGGAGCGGGAGGGGGUACAAUGGGACGAAUGGGCGGGGAAGGGGGUGUAGAGGUGGCUGGGGAGGGGGGUAGGAGCAGUGGUUGGGGGGAAGGGCGAGAAGGCCAGCAGGGGCAGGGGAUAAAGAUGGGAGUAGGGGGGCGCGGAGGGGGAGUGGGGGCAGCAGCGAGGGUGGGCAAGGCGGUGUUGGAUGACGUGGAGGGCGAGGAGGCGUGGACGGAGCCACUGCCCACACAGGGGUACAUUCCCCAAGGGCCCUUCGCCAACGCGUCGGAGUGGAGGCAGCGUGUGUUGGCAGGCAACUCGGUCUUCACCCGCUUCAGUGGUUACCGCGUUGGCCCGCGCAGGCUGGUGGGCGUGGGGGUGGUCCCGCGGGCCAUGAAAGGCCGUCUCUUCGCCACGCACUGCAGGUGGUUCGGACCUGCACAGUUGGCGCUGGACUGCACGGUGAACGUGUCCUACUCGCUGGGGCAGCAGGGGUCCGCCUCGCAGCACAUGGAGGCCGUUGUCGAGGCCGCCUUUAGCGAGGACGUGCCCAACACAGGGGGCUUCCUGGCUGUGCGCAUUGAAGGGACUGACUUUGUGCUCUACAGGGAAGCCCCUCUGGCCUUCCCCACAACAACCCCAGGUCUCCCCUUCCCCUUCCACUCGGUGCUGUGCCUGCUCCCAUCGGCGCGCAAUGCAUCGGUGCCCGUGCAUCUGCUGCGCGAGGCGGUGGAGUACCAUCGGCUGCUGGGCGCCGCCGUGGUGGCGCUGUACGACAGCGGCGGGUGGCUCGCCGUGGAGCUGCAGGAGCGCUUCCAUGAGGACUUUGAGCGGAGAGUGGUGCGCCGCACAGACUUCAGUGGUGCCAAGCAGUUCGAUUUGGAGAGGAAUGGGCAGGUGCUAGCGAUGCACGACUGUGUGCAGCGCCACGCCUUCACAGCCCGCUGGGUCAUCCCAGCCGCCAUCAACGAGUUCCUCUUCGUCGGCCUGCCGCCCGCCUCCAUCCCCUCCUUCCUUGAUCCCUUCGCCUACCCCACCACCUCCUCCUCCGAAACCGCCCUCUCAGACCCCCUCGUUGAUUCCGCCGCCACCGCCGCCGCUGCUGCAGUAACCGCAUCUGGAGGCUCGGCGGCCGCGGCCGCCGAAGCUGCGGCGUACGUGCGGGCGGUGCCGUGGGUGAGCGUGGGCAGCCAGUGGUGGUCGACGCGGCUGUGCUCGCUGCCGUUCCGCGUGCCCGAGGGCGAGGCGUUCUCGAUGGAGCGCAUGGUGUUCCGCUGGCCGUACCCCGUCUGCCACGACCGCAUCCGCUUCCCCGACCCCCACCUCUGUCCCGGGGAGGCUGGCUUCCGCCGCCUUAUCAUGGAUCCACGCAAGAUUUCAGCGCUGGGGCUGCACGAGGCAGAGUCGGCAUCGCGGGUGAGGGGGGUGCACGUGAGGAGCACCAAGGCCAACUUCAACCACCUGCAGGACGCUGUCAUGGACCCCACCGCGUGGUGCGAGCACACGCUGCUCAAGAACGAGGUAAGUCGCCCCACAGCACUGCCGG